AUGGCCGAGAAAGGAACGUACCGAAGCCCCGAGGGCGGAAACCGAACUUGGGAAUACUUGGCAACGUUUGCUUGCUCCUUCCUGAUGUACUGCGUGGGCGCCGCUGGCGGCUGGAGCUCGCCCAACAGCGUCAAGCUCACCGGUCCGGACUCGCCUUUGAAGCUCAGCCAGGCCGAGCUCUCCACCCUGAUGUCGCUCCUAGCUCUGGGCCAGACUCUGGUGCCGCCCGUGAAUUUCCUCAUAGUCGAUCGGAUCGGCCGGAAGAACACCAUGAUAGCCGCGGGUCUGCCUCUCUGCCUGUCCUGGCUCCUCAUGAUACUGUUCGCCGAUAACCUUUGGAUCCUGUACCUUACGCGAUUCUUGGCCGGCAUGUCUCAGGGCAUCAGCUACUGCGUCUGCCCGAUGUACAUAGGCGAGAUCGCCUCCACGAGUGCCCGCGGCGUCGCCAAUGUCCUCCUCAUCAUAAUGCAGAAUCUCGGCAUGCUCCAGUCCUUCGUCAUCAUUCCCCUGCUCAGCGGCUCGGCCAACGCCUGGAUCAAUCUCGGCCUCGUGGCCGUCUAUCUGCUUGCCUUCUCCCUCAUGCCCGACUCCCCUUACUACCUGCUGAUGCGAGGUCGGGCGGACGAGGCCGAGGCUGCCCUGGAGAAGCUGCAGGGCAAGCUGGACGUCGAGGACGAGCUGCAAGAGAUUCAGGCCGCUGUGAGGGAGGCCGAUCUGCUGAAGAAGACCAAGACGCCGAUGUGGAAGCUGCUGUCUACCCGGGCCAGUGUCAAGGCCAUCUGUAUUCUCGCCCUGUUCUCCUCGACCUAUCAUCUGUGCGGCUACUCGGCCAUCAUGGCCUACGGCCAGAGGAUAUUCAGCAAGCUCGAGUUCAAGCUCGCCGGCCAGGAGCUCAGCGACUACACCAUCAACAUCGCCAACGGCGUCGUGCAGCUGAUCUCGGUGCUGCUCACGACUCUGCUGGUCGACCGCUGGGGACGCAAGCCCCUCGUCGCCUUCUCCGGCGGACUCGCCGGCGCCUGCAAUCUCACCAUCGGUGUCUACUUCUACCUCCAGGAGUACCUACAUCUCGACGUCUCGGCCUACUCAUUCAUCCCCGUGGUGGCCAUCUUCCUCACCGUGUUCGCCUUCAACAUCGGCUUGCUCACCGUCCAGGGCGUCAUGAUAUCCGAGCUGUUCGCACCGCAGAUCAAGGCCAUCGGCGUGUGCAUAGCGACGACCAACGGCGGCCUGCUCUGCUCGAUCGGAGUCAAGAUGUACCUGAUGGUCGCCGAGACUUUCGGAUACGGGCACACCGUACCGUUUCUCGGGGCGUGCGGCCUCGUCUGGUUCAUAACGGCGCUGCUGCUGCGACUGGCGCCCGAGACCAAGGGCAAGAGUCUACUGGAGAUACAGAGGGACCUCGUCAAGUCGUAA